UCUGCCGUGAGCAUUGGCAAACGCGUAAAACGGAAAAAACGAAACCUAAAACGAAACCUAAAACCCAAAGCCGAAAAAUACAAAUUGAAAUCUCCGCGCUUCUCUUCGGUACGUGUUAAGUUUUUUAAUUAGUAGAAUUUUCAAGUGAUUUCGGUGGCAAAAAGAGAAAAUAAUUCACAAAAAUACAAAACAGCAUAGCUAAGCUUAAGUGUAGUGUGUAAAAAAAGGUUAACAAAAACAGGCAACAGACAAAACAAUACAAUAGGCCGCACAGUAGACGUUGAAGACUUCGCGUUGAAGACAGUUUCUGAAUCGCAAACGAGUCAAAUGCAAAUGCAAAUCGACGGCGAAUGAAUUGACAAUGACAAAGAGUAUUAAACGUCCGCCCCCUAUUAGUUGUAACCGCGUUCUCCUUACCUAUGUGAUAUUAGCUUAUACAGUAGCCGCCCACAGCUCGCCCCCGCCAUGUGGCCUUUAUGGAGCGCCGCCUUGCCAAUUCCUCCCGGCGCCACCUGGCCAAACGCCCACCUGUGCCCGUCCAGGAAAAACCUACUGCGAACACGCUGAUAACUACCCCACGUAUCUCAUUAAGAGCCUCGUUCGAAAAUGGGGCUAUGAGGCCGGAACUUUGUUGGUGGACGAAACCUGGGAAGACUUUGCGGCUGUGGCGUGGUACGAUACUCCCGUCUUCUACGAUCCCAAGUCCAUUUUCCCACCCCGCGAUCCCAAUGCCCAGGAUUUUAAUGGAUAUAGUUAUCAGACCCCAUUUGGAGGCAAUCCCCAGAGGGUGAGUGGGGGGAACCCCCUCUUCGCCAGUAAUCCCUCAACGGAAGCACCAACGUAUCUGCUGUACACCUCCUCGGGCGGAGGUCAUCGCUCGGGUCAAAGGUACAACUCGCAGGGCGGAGCCUCGUCCUCCGGCGGUAACCUGUACUUCAACCAGGGCGGCAAGACCACUCCCUACAAUGCCACCCUCUGGCUGAAGCGGUUGGUCCGGGAUCUCAGUCGAAAGCAGCGGCAGGCCGGCGGCGACGAGGAGGUGGAGGAAGAGGUGGUGGAGGCGGAGGAGGAGGAGGGCGAGCAGCCGGAAGAGGUGGAGGAGGAGGAGGAGAACGAGGAGAACGAGGAGCAGGGUGCACCGGCAGAGGAUCACGCGCAGAGCAAGCGCGACGUCUCGCUUAACAUGGAUCUCUUGGAUAUCGUGGGCGUGGACGCCCCCAAUCCGCUGAAGAAGCGCUCGAGGACAAAGCGCCAGAGUCCUGGACGCUCCACCCUCUGCCAGACCACCUCGCAGUUCAUCACCCCGCAGGCGGCGCUCAACAGCCGCGGAAACUGGAUGUUCGUGGUCAACGAGCAGAACACCGCGCGCCAGAUGGUCAAGGCGGAACUGUGCGCAUCGAACACCUGCUCGAACCUGUGCGAAUUGCCCAACGGCUACAACUCGAGAUGCGAGCAGAAGUUUGUGCAAAAACGCUUAAUUGCGCUCCAGGGCAAUGGGCAGAAUCUUUACACGGACACGUUCUGGUUUCCCAGUUGCUGUGUCUGCACGAUAGCCGCCAAUUAAAUGUGUCAGUGGAUGCAGGACGAGGAAGGACGAGGACGAUUUUGGCAAAUUCAUAUCUGAUAGCUAAAUGAUACGAAAACACACAACACCCCCACACACACACACAAGCACACUCAAUAUCUCUCUCAUGUAGUUACACACAAACACACACAAUGUAGUUCUUAAAAAUGUAAUUUAAAUCGAAAACAUCGAGUGGAGCAUGCUAAAUUGGAUUUAUGCCCGCACAAUCCCUUUGAGUUUUGUAUAGUAGCAUUAGAGUUACCCUGUGAGCGAUCUAAUGGAUAUCAAAUAAACAACGAUUCGAGGCGAUGCUUUUUUCAAGUUAA